AUCACUGCGCGCCUUAAGCAUAUCGCUACCGCUGGCGCGUAAACACAGAUGUGAGGCAUGGAUCAGAGUGGACUCAACCUCGUCAAGGUGCAUGGAGGCGGAGGUUAUGACUCAGAUUUCAGUGACGAUGAGGUUGGAGGAGGCUCAUCACAACAUGGAGGGAAGAGGGCACGUGAAGAUGAACUGCUGCAGAAGCCGUUUCAGAAAGGAAAACGCGGCAAGGUUGCUCAUAGAAAUGUGGCUACCGAUGAAUGGGACAGGGAAGAGGCCAGAAAUCGACGCCACCAUCUUAUCUCAAUGAACGCUUUUGACAGGCAUAAGAAGUUUGUCAGUGACUACAUACUGUAUUAUGGAGGAAAGCUGGAAGACUUUAGAAGAUCCACGACGAAAGACAAGAACGAUCUUGAUGUGGUGAGGGAAAAUCACCGCUUCCUCUGGAGAGAUGAGGAUGAGGAAGAGAUGACAUGGGAGAAAGAGCUCGCAAAGAAGUACUACGACAAGCUCUUUAAGGAGUACUGUAUUGCUGACCUGAGCAGGUACAAAGAAAACAAGUUUGGAUUCAGAUGGCGCGUUGAAAAUGAAGUAAUAUCGGGAAAAGGCCAGUUUCUGUGUGGUAACAAACGCUGUGAGAAGAAGGACGGCUUGAAGAGCUGGGAAGUGAAUUUUGCUUAUGUGGAGCAAGGCGAGAAGAGGAACGCUCUGGUGAAACUGCGUCUCUGUCCAGAAUGCUCCUUCAAACUGAACUACCAUCACAAGAGGAAAGAGGUCAAGGUGAAAAAGAGACGCAGAUCAAAAGAGAAUGAAGACGAGCCACAGAACAAGAAGUCCAAGCACAAGUCCAAACACAAACGCAAGGAGAAGCACAAACACAAAAAGAGACGAAAAGAACACUCUUCCUCAAGUUCUGAGGAUUCCCAUGAUUCAGAGAAAGACUUGGAAAGUGAAGACGAGGCUGAAGGCCCAUCGGAGUCGGAGUACUGGAAAGGUCCAGCACCUGCUCUGGAGGAGAAAACACGGGAAGAGGAGUUUGAUGAUUACUUUGAGGAUAUGUUUCUAUGAGCAAGGGACUCAGCCGACCAUCCAAAAGAUUGUUGACAUCGCACUCCUGGCUGGCUCACCAGUGAAAAUGUACAAAAGCAAUAAAAAUGCUUUUGUACAGAGUGAAUAAAAAUGUUUACAAGU